CUUUCACAUGGAUCACAUAAUUGGUUCUUGCAAGUGCCUUUUAAAUUCCCACUGUUUGUUCCAACUGAGCUGUUUCCAUAAAUUGAACAAUAUUAACAUACCAUGGAGCUUCCUUCUUAGUUUACGCCAUUGAUUUCUAGCUGCGAUUUUAGUAACUUUCUUCCUACAUGUCACAUGGAGCACAAAUGCACCUCUUUUUCCACUUUCAACCAAAAAAAUCCACCAUCAGAUCAGUCUGCUUUUCGAAAACUUAUGUGUUUAUGAAUCACACACAUACAUGGAAUUGAAGAUUGGUCUAUGACAACCGCAUACAAUACUUUGAUCGAAAACCUUACCAUCAUAUUUUUACAUUUAAAUUCUUACUGUCUAUGAUUUAUUUGGUGCUUAUAAAUAAGAGUAACUAAAAAAUUAUUGGAUCCAAACUAUGAAGAAUGAUGCUUCUACUUGGCUUAAGAAAAAGGAUGAAAUUUCAAGCCAGAUUAGUGCUCAAAUUUUCGAUUUCUGUGAUCCUGAACUAUUCCAAGAGACCCUGCAGAAUUCUGAGGUCACUUCUUCUUCAAAUUGCUGCUAUGAUGAAAACUCCUCUUAUGCAACAAAUCUUUCGCUGCCCCAGGAUUUAGAAACUAAAUUCAGUACCUACCAGGAUAACAAUGGCAACACUGACACAACCAUUGCUCCAACCCCCACAACAACUAGUACCACCACCACCACCACCACUAGCAGCACAAACACCACCACCGCCAGCACCAACACCACCAAUAUCAACGCCACUACUGCCACCACCAACAACAACAAUAGUGGCAAUCUUUCCAUAAUCUUUGAUUCCCAAGAAGAAAUCGACAAUGACAUCUCAGCCUCCAUCGAUUUUUCCCCAUCCCCUCCCUUUUCCGUACCUCCAUUUCUCAUGACCCAACAAGACCAAUUUGAUUUCACUUCAGUGCCAACUCAAAUCUCACUAGCAGAUUCUGUUGUUGAGGGAUUUUCACAGUAUCCUGCUGACCCUGUACCGCCUCUCAUGUCGGCUCCUUUGUCAUCAGUUUUCGAAGAGGAUUGCUUGUCCUCAGUGCCUUCGUAUGUGCCUUUGAACCCCUCUUCUCCUUCUUGUUCUUUUCUUGGUCCCACCAUGGGAGCAUACAUGCCUGCUGGGACUAUGAAUGCUGCAGCAUUAUCUGCUGACAGCACUGGAAUUUUCACCAGCAGUAUUCUCAUGGCUUCUGAACUGCAACCACAAGAUUUGGAAUACCAAGGAGAUAAUGGCGGAAUUUUCUGUCCAGAAUCAUUUCCGAGGGGUUUUAACCCUGAAGACCUUCAGAUGCUUGGUGCUGAGAGCCAACAACUGGUGAGUGGGGCUGGGAACUCUACUUCUUUACCAACUGAGAUUCCCAUGGCAGAAGACCCAAAUUUUAAAGUAGGGAAGCUAUCUGUUGAGGAAAGGAAAGAGAAGAUACAUAGGUACAUGAAGAAAAGGAAUGAAAGGAAUUUCACAAAGAAAAUCAAGUAUGCCUGCCGCAAAACUCUUGCGGACAGCAGACCUCGAGUUAGAGGAAGAUUUGCGAAGAAUGAUGAUUUUGGAGAGAAUCACAGACCUUCUGGUAGCAACCAUGAAGACGAUGAAGACGAUGAAGUAGUUGUGAAAGAGGAAGAGGAUAUGGUUGAUUCCUCGGACAUUUUCGCUCAUAUCAGUGGAGUGAACUCUUUCAAAUGCAGCUAUCCCAUCCAAUCCUGGAUUUGAGUAGUAGGGUAUAUAUUGGCACUAGACUAAUCUACCAAUUUUGCAGGACCCUGUUUCCACCAGGAUUUAAUGUAUCCUGGUUUAAUAAUAAAAAACCAAAAAUGAAUAAUUGGGUCGUUAUAUUAUUCAUAUAAAUAAGUGAGUCAGGACUGUAUAGAAAGUGGGUAAUAAUGUAAGUUUCUUCCGAUACUAUUUCUUGUGCAAACUUCAGACCCAUAAGGUGUACAAUUGUAUGGUGUAUCGAUCACUUACAUGAAUACUAGUGGAAAUAUUAUGUAGCUUCUUCUUAAACUUGAGAAAUUUC